CCACAACAAAGCGACUGGCACUAAAAUUCACCCCGCGGGUUAGACAGAGCAGGCACGUUAAGGCGGUUGGGUAUUUUCGCGUGAAAGCGGGUGUUUUGCGAGCGAAGUCGCGCGGCGCGCCCUAGUUGUCGUUCGCGGAGAAAUACUCGACGCAGGCGGGACUUUGUGUGAGCAGAGCUGAAUGGAGGCAGCCUCUUCCUGGUGGAUAAACAGUGACAGCUACAGGGCAGCCACCUAGACCCAGCACACAGGCUCUGGCGCUGCCCUGGCAAACAACACCAAAAUGGCUUCAGACAGUACACACAUCGCGCAGUUGACUUCUGAACUGUACUUCCUAAUAGCCCGAUUUCUAGAAGCUGGACCGUGUCAAAAAGCUGCCCAGACUCUGAUAAGGGAGGUGGAGGAGAAGGAGCUGCUGCCACAAAGGUUGGACUGGACAGGACAGGAACACCCCGGGACGUACGAAAAUUUGGUGAAGCUCAACCGGCACAUCAGUCCAGACCACCUGCUGCAGGUCUGCUCCAGAGUUUGUCCACUGCUCGAGACAGAAGUUCCCGCCAGCGUGCCGGGGCUCAUCAGUCUGUUGGGGGCCGGCAGGCAGAAUCUCCUCCGCACCAGCAAGAGUUGCAAGCAUGUGGUGUGGAAGGGCUCAGCACUGGCUGCACUUCACUGUGGACGACCACCGGAGCCACCAGUUAUCUAUGGGAGCCCACCUAAUAUUGUGGAGACGAGCUCCGGCCGUCGACUGAUCGGCUCCUACCGCCUGCGGCAGCUGGUGCCCACCGCUGUGUACCAGCACAUGAAGAUGCAUAAGAGGAUCCUGGGACAUCUGUCGUCCGUUUACUGCGUCACCUUUGACAGGACGGGACGACGCAUCUUCACGGGCUCAGACGACUGUCUUGUGAAAAUCUGGGGAACAGACGAUGGACGCCUGCUGGCCACGCUGCGCGGCCACGCUGCCGAGAUCUCAGACAUGGCCGUCAGCUAUGAGAACACCAUGAUUGCUGCUGGUUCUUGUGACAAAACCAUCAGAGUGUGGUGCUUACAGACGUGUGCACCUCUGGCUGUACUGGAGGGACACGCAGCCUCCAUCACCUCACUACAGUUCUCUCCUCUCUGUUGUGGUUCAAAGCGCUACCUGUCGUCCACCGGAGCUGACGGAACCAUCUGCUUCUGGCAGUGGGAUGCACGCACGCUCAAGUUUGGUCAGAGGCCCAGUAAAUUCACAGAGCGUUCCAGGCCUGGCGUCCAGAUGAUCUGCUCCUCCUUCAGCGCAGGUGGGAUGUUUCUUGCCACAGGAAGCACAGACCAUAUUAUCAGGGUCUACUACUUUGGUUCAGGCCAACCAGAGAAGAUCUCUGAACUUGAGUCCCAUACAGACAAAGUUGACAGCAUCCAAUUUUCACACUGCAGUGACAGGUUUGUGAGCGGCAGCAGGGAUGGUACAGCACGAAUCUGGCAGCUGCAGCCUCAGGGCUGGAGAAGCAUUCUGCUGGACAUGCAGACCAAAUUACCCGGGAAGUACAACCCUCCGCCACUGGAAGACAAGGUGACCAAGCUGAAGGUUACCAUGGUAGCGUGGGAUCGCCACGACGGCACGGUGAUCACGGCAGCCAACAACCUGACGCUGAAGGUGUGGAACUCCACGACCGGAAACCUCGUCCAUGUGCUGAUGGGUCACGAGGAUGAGGUGUUUGUUUUGGAGCCACACCCCUUUGAUCCGAGAAUCCUCUUCUCAGCGGGGCAUGAUGGGAACUGUAUUGUCUGGGACCUGGCCAGAGGGGUCAAGAUCCGCUCCUAUUUCAACAUGAUUGAGGGUCAAGGACACGGAGCGUUGUUUGACUGCAAAUGCAGUCCAGAUGGGCAGCAUUUCGCAGCCACCGACUCCCACGGACACCUGCUCAUCUUUGGCUUUGGCUCCAGCAGCAAGUACGACAAGAUAGCGGACCAGAUGUUCUUCCACACAGACUAUCGGCCGCUGAUCCGGGACGCCAACAAUUAUGUGCUGGAUGAGCAGACCCAGCAGGCGCCACACCUAAUGCCCCCUCCCUUCCUGGUGGACGUGGACGGUAACCCCCACCCUCCCAGGUACCAGCGGCUGGUACCUGGCAGAGAGGGCUGCCGGGACGAGCAGCUGAUUCCACAGAUGGGCGUCACUUCCUCAGGCCUGAACCAAGUGGUGAGUGAGCAGGCUGUGGACGGUCCCAGUCCUCUGGACUCCUUCAUUCAGAGGCUGCAGCAGGAACAAGACCAAAGACUGGGGUCAAAUGAUGGCCCUGCUGCUGCUGCUCCUGGUUCCACUACUACUGCGGCUGCUAAUGUAAACACCAGGGCCAGCAGAGGAUCGGUGGGAUCGCCAAUAGAAGUGCACUCCCCACCCAAUGUAGGCCUGCGCCGUAGCGGUCAGAUCGAGGGAGUCCGCCAGAUGCACAGCAACGCUCCACGCAGCCAGAUGGCCACAGAGGGCGACCUGGUGGCCUGGAGCCGCAGGGUGCUGGUCCCGGAGCUGGAGGACGCCUCUGUCAGGAGGCAGGUGAACUGGCGCGAGGCUAAAGGGGAGGAAGAAAUCAAUAUUUAUCAGUCAGAAAGGAGGAGACGUACCAUCCACUCUCUCCCCAAGGAGAGCAGGGUUCAUCCCACAUCAGAGGGUGUAGCUGAUGAGGGCAGGAGGAGCCUGGGUAACCAUGGUUAUCAGACUCGGGCUGCCAUGGAGGAGAAUAGUCGCCAGAGUGCUGAGGCUGCAGACGAGGAUGACAGCACUUCAGAGGGAGAGGUGGAGGUGCGUCAGAUUAACGGGCAUUCCUCAGAGGAAGAGAAGGGGGAGGAGGAGGAAAAAGAGCCGUGGCCAGAUGACCACAGCAGUUCAAGCGACUACUCCAGCGACUACUCUGACUGGACAGCAGACGCAGGAAUCAACCUUGAACCGCCCAAGAAGAGUGUUAAAGUGAAAAAGAAGGGCAGCAGCUCUGAGGAGGAUGGGGAGAAGAAGAGGGAAGGCAAGAAAGAACAGAAGAAAGACAAACCAGACAAAGAUGGCACCUCACCAAAGAAGAAGCAGCCAAAGGAGAAAAGAAAGAGGACAGAGUUUCAGGAGCAAGGCCUAACUCUGGAGGAGUGGCUUCCUUCUGCUUGGAUCACAGACACAGUCCCGCGCAGAUGUCCUUACAUACCCCAGAUGGGAGAUGAGUUGUAUUACUUCAGACAGGGACAUGAAGCCUAUGUGGAGAUGGCCAAACAGAAAAAGAUUUACAGCAUCAAUCCCAAGAAGCAGCCCUGGCACAAGAUGGAGCUACGGGAGCAGGAGUUGAUGAAGAUAGUUGGCAUCAAGUACGAGGUGGGUUUGCCCACGCUGUGCUGCCUGAAGCUGUCUUUCCUGGACCCUGACACCGGCAAACUGACCGGAGGAUCCUUCUCUAUGAAGUACCACGACAUGGCUGAUGUAAUUGACUUCCUGGUGUUGCGGCAGCAGUUUGACAAUGCCAGAGACAGGCAGUGGAGGAUAGGUGACAGGUUUCGGUCAGUGAUUGAUGAUGCCUGGUGGUUCGGGACCAUUGAGAGCCAGGAGCCGUACCAGACGCAGUAUCCUGACAGUCUGUUCCAGUGCUACAAUGUUUGCUGGGACAAUGGAGACACGGAGAAGAUGAGUCCGUGGGAUAUGGAGCCUAUUCCUGAUGAUGCCACGUUCCCUGACGAGCUGGGCUUGAGCGUCCCACUCGUAGAAGAGGAGCAGAAGGAGCUGCUGUACGUCCCUCUGGACGGGGAAUGGGGCUGCCGCACACGUGCGGAGGAGUGUGAACGCAUCAUCAAGGCCAUCGACCAGCUCUGCACCCUCGAUGUGGCAGCGCCAUUUGCCUUUCCAGUGGACCUACAGGCUUAUCCCACGUACUGCACAGUCGUGGCCUACGUCACUGACCUCAGCACGAUUCGCCAAAGGCUGGUGAACCGCUUCUACAGACGACUGUCCUCUCUGAUGUGGGAGGUUCGUUAUAUUGAACACAACGCCCAAACGUUCAACGAACCGGGAUCUUUCAUCGUCACUACUGCCAAGUUUGUCUCUGACCUCAUGCUGCAGUUUAUUAAGGACCAAAGUCUGACUGACAUCAUGCCCCUCUACAAAACUAUGAAGAAGGCAACCUUCUCUGAUUCCGAAGAUGAGGAUGAGGAGGAGGAAGAUGAAGAUACUAAUAGACCUGGAACAUCCACUCGAAACCACAAGGGACGUCGGCCGAUGCAGCGUCAGCGGCGAACGCGACCUCCGUCGUACGACCCUCAAGCGUGGAGGGGGCGCUGUAAGGAGUUGCUGGACCUGAUAUUUCAGUGUGAAGACUCCGAGCCCUUCAGGGAACCUGUGGACCUCCAGGAGUACCCGGACUACCUGCAAAUAGUUGACUCUCCAAUGGACUUUGGAACCGUUCUCUCCACACUGACAGAAGGAAAGUACCAGUCUCCCAUUGACCUCUGCAAAGAUGUCCGGCUCAUUUUCAGCAAUUCCAAAGCUUACACGCCGAGUAAGAAGUCUCGGAUCUACAGUAUGAGUCUGAGGCUUUCUGCGUUGUUUGAGGAGCACGUCAGCUCCAUCCUGGCUGACUACAAGGCCAUCCACGGCCUGACAGAUAAACUGACCCGACAGGGCGCGGACAGGCAGACACGACACACUACAGACAGACAGACACGGCACUCAAUGAAGAGGAGGAGGAGGAGGAGCGAGUCUCCAACAAGCAGCACUGCAUCCAGCCCAGAGAGGAAGAGACGCGUGUCAUCCAGGGUGACCGCAAAAAAGGAGCCAUCGCCACCUCCUUCGCGGCCUUCCUCCCUGAGACAGAGCACCCCCCUGAAACAGCCUCAACAGCUGGUCAACGGGAAGGCGGAUACACCGGCUGCGGGGCGAACGCGAAGUGCAGCGCGCCAUUCUGCACACUCCCCACCUGCACCGUCCUCCUCGCAAAACGCCACAAGCAACACACAGAGUACAGCAGAGUCGACUCGUUCACUUAGGGCUCAUAACUCUGUUUUAGCCUCAACGCCACCGGUUCCUGAAAAGGUGACUUCCUCUCCGGCCCCAGAGAGUAGCGGUGGAGGAAGCACCCGGCGGAAACUCCGGACGCCUGUACGACUCACACCUGUUUCUCCCGCCAGCCCUUCAGUCCAGACCACAGUCCACCUGAAUGGUCAUAGCAGUCCUAUGACGAUGGGCGUUGGGAAGAAGGGGCGGAAGUCCAGAACGGAACAGCCGCUGAGUCCUCCAGAGGUCACGACUCCAGCAAGCCCUUCCAGACCCCGAGGUCGCCCUCCAGGCAAGAAGAGAGGCAGGAAGAGCAAGCAGGAGCUGGAAGAGAUGAGGAGGAGCGGGAACCACAGGAGCUCCACCCCGGACGAUGAGCUCGACCAGUCCACUGGCGAUGAAGGAGGGACAUCUUCAGCGCAGGAGACAUCUGUGCUGUCGGACUCUGGUGCACCGUCGACACCUAGGCGGCGCGGUCGGCCCCGAACAAUAAGAACUGAGGAAUCCACUCCACCCACAGAGUCGCCUGAGCUUGAGCCGCUGAGGAGGAGCAGCAGGAGGGGAAACGAGGAGGUCACCCCUCCUCCGCAGACUGUCCCUCAACGGUCCAAUCGCAGGGAGUCUCCACAGGAGGAAGAGGGGGACGAAGCAAGUGGGUCCAUGCGCACACGUAACCAGGGGCGAAGGUCGGCCUGGUACAUGGAGGAGGACUCUGAGGAGGAGCAGAGGCAACUGCUGUUUGAGGACUCGUCUAUCACCUUUGGCACCUCCUCUAAGGGGCGUGUCCGUAAGCUAACAGAAAAGGCCAAAGCCAACCUGAUAGGCUGGUAACUUUGGAGAUAAACAGGAUGUGACAGAGAUUUUAAGAGAUCACAAUCUCUUUAUUUGUGCAUCAGAGGAGCAAAGGGCCACGUUGUGGAAGUCAUGCUUAUUUGUGUGCAUGUAUGUGUAUGUGCCUCUGGGUAGCUGCUGCUUCAUCUGCUGCUGUUGGAAGCCGAGGCUCUGGAGAGACACAGCAGUGCAGUGGCCUGUCUAGUCCUCCCUCUUUCGGCCCAGAAAGCACAUUGCUAUGGCAACCAGUGGAUUUCAGACAACAUAUGUUCAAGCUCCUCUUACAUUAUUGGUCCAUGUUGGAUCUGAUAGAUGUUUGCCGACUCCCGUGUUGGUGGUCUUGUGAUUGGCUCCUGUCUGGUGAACCACCCCUCACCCUUGUCUGACUUGACAAGACAGUAGCUGAACAGAGUUUUAGUACUUGAAGAUGUCAUGAGGACAGAUGGACGUAGCUCAUCUCCGUCUUACAAUUUCAGAGAACUGGUCCAGUGUCUGCGGGGUCGGUCAAACCUGCUCCGCUGAGCUAGAAUUGUAGAACAACCGCUGGCCUGAUAACAUCUUUCAUCCGCGUCAUCAUCGUUCCUCUACUUUUUUUAUAUAUAUAUGUAUA